CUAUGAAUGAUUUUAGCGUGCAUCGCAUAAUCGGUCGUGGUGGCUUCGGUGAAGUUUACGGAUGCCGAAAAGCUGAUACGGGUAAAAUGUAUGCAAUGAAAUGUUUGGAUAAAAAGCGAAUUAAAAUGAAACAAGGGGAAACAUUGGCAUUAAAUGAAAGGACGAUGCUGUCAUUAGUUAGCACAGGUGUGGAUUGUCCUUUUAUUGUAUGUAUGACGUAUGCAUUUCAUACGCCUGAUAAAUUGUGCUUUAUAUUGGAUUUAAUGAAUGGCGGAGAUCUUCAUUAUCAUUUAUCUCAACAUGGUGUAUUCAAUGAAUCUGAAAUGAAAUUUUAUGCAGCUGAAGGGAAAAUAUCAUUGUAAAGAAAAAAAUGAACGUACAUCCGAGCGUAUGAUUGCAGUCGAAAAGCAUGAAUAGAUGCGCGUGCACUUCAUAAAAAACAAGGAUCUUUUUUCGAAACACAAACGAAUAAAAAAAGAUGCAGAUAGUAAAACCAUGGGAGCGACGUGAAAAAACUUGACAUCAGCGCCAGUCCCUCAUAACUAAAAA